UCAACCCUUCUUUAUGCAAUCAAAGCGAUAUCGCUAACCUUUACCCCGUAUAGUUGUACUGUCUACACAUUUUGUGGAUUCGCUAGAGCUCUUUUAGCUUUUUUCUUCCUUCCCUUUUUGACGGGAAUCUGUCGAGGUAUCUCAUCGUACAUGUGGUAGGGCGCGUGCCUGCACCGUGCCCCGCAUUCCUCGUCUUCCUCCUGCGAGACUAAAGCUGCAACCAAAAGAGAUUUUGCUUGCUGACACUGCGAUAGGUCAUUAUUACUGGACCUUUCUGAUAACAGUUAUUCGCUGCCUUCCUUUAUCCGGCGGGGUCUGCGUCCAACGGGGAUUCUCUGAACCAAGCCUUCGUGCGCCCUGCUUCACCCGCUUGCUCUUUUCUGGAAACACAUGUUGUCCUCUUCUCUCGCUCGGAGCUCUGCAGGCCGCAUAUUCCGAGCCCCACCCGCGCUUUCGCCGAGUCGAUCUUCCGGGGUGAACGUCGUGAGACCUCGAUCACAAGUCCGCAGUGUAACUGCUGCAACACGAACGAUGGCAACGUCUACGGGGAAGAAAUUGGAGUGGCUGGCGGUGAUUCCCGACCACGAGGGCGCCAUUCAGAAGCGGCUCGAGGUCAGAUCCAAACAUCUCGAGGGCGUCAUGCCGUUGCACGCGGAGAACAAGAUCGUGAUGGGCGGUGCCUUCUUCAGUCACCCUCCCGCGGAGGGCGAGACUCCUCCGCCCAUGAUCGGCAGCGCGCUCGUCGUGUACGCGGAGACCAAGGAGGAGGUCAUGCAGAUCCUAGAGAAGGACAUCUACAACACGAGCGGAGUCUGGGACCUGAGCAAGAUACAGAUUUGGCCUUUCAAGAGCGCCGUCAGGAGCGACAUCAGCGCUACGGCUUAAGUCUACCACCAUGGUGUGGCGGCGGCCGCUGCGGUGGCGGCGUGAUGUGGGCUUCGUGAACCGCGCGUUUACAUCCCUUCGGACUUGCAUGUUUUUUGUUAAAACAUGUUUCGUGGGCUGUAUAUAUGAAACGAGGCUCAUCAUGGGGGAAAUUUGAGCGAAUACGAGGUCAUCGUUGUUGAAACAAAACCAGAAAUUGAGCCGAUCAGUGCGGGGAAAAAAGAAAAACAUUUUUGCACAAAACAUCUGAAUGGGCUUCCUAAGCCUCUUUCCUUGGAUUUUGUAUUGUGUCUUCGUCUGCAAGAAUUGAAAGUGCUAAAAUGUACAGUGAAGAAAUUUUGUCAAAAGAUCAGAAUAAAAGAGGGUGGAAGGGAUCUCAAAUGCGAAAGUGGAAACCAUGCAAGCGUCCCGCCCAGUUUCGCGGGGUGCAAAGCACGCAGUCAUGCAUAAAACGUCGUCACGAAGUCAUCGAGAAUUGAACAUUUGGUGCCAGCAAUGACGUUGACUCUCGCCGCUCCGCUCCUCCACUCUGAUCGAAAGAAGAAGGGGGUGUUUUUUUGAAAAGAAAAGAAAGU